AUGGCGAGGGAAAAAGGCCGUAGAUCAAGGAUCAGAAACAAAUUGAGAACUACUAUGAGUGCAGAUCAUCGUAAGCUUCCCACGCUAGUAACCCUUCAAGAGAACCAGGAAGUUACGGCAACCGAAGAGCAUGUAUCUGAUCCAGGUACAGAGUCAAUUCCGGAGUCCAUUAACGAUGCCAAUGUCCAAUCCACCGCUGCCACUGGAGGUUCAGAAGAAGGAAAUAUACAAGUGGAUACCGAGCCAGCUGAUAGUGCAGAUGGAGAUCUCAUCGUAGAGACUAUUAAUUCAGCGGCUAAUGCCAGCGAGGGUGAUUUCACCAGAUCGCCAACUUUGGAAGGUCACAGUCGAAAUGCCAGUCGGCAGAGCCUGUUCGAGGUGGCAUAUGAAGCUUCAAAGCAUGCCCCAGUGGAAGCCUCUCCGCUGUUGCGUGGUUCUCAGCAGAAUUCUUCUGAAAGCACCAUAUGGGAGAAAACCGCCAAAGCUACCAGGAAGGCGUGGUCUGACACCGAUUUUCAGCUCGGCGAUUUCCUCAAGUGGGUUUUGGUUAAGUUUUGCGCUGUCUGCCAAUUUUUUGUUUCUUUCCUUUGCACCACCUUCCCUGCCAUCGGUAAAUGGUUUGAACCCUACCGCGCUCUAUUUGCAGUUUCCUUCACCUUUGCGUUUUCCCUUCCUUUACUAGUCUUCUUACUGAUUAUGUCCGCAUUUGCUUUCCUACUUUCGCUGUUCUACAUUGCGGUGUUUUUGACAGUAGGUGCCAUGGCCUUCAUGCUCAUCAUCCCAUUCCUGGGCUUGUCAUUUGUGUUCGCUGCCGGAGUCGUAAUUUGCGGUUUCUUCAGCAACGCUUUCUUCAGAACGGCACAGCGCAUUUACGAAACCAGCGUCGGAUAUACACAGCAAUCUCUACGAAGCUUUGCGAGCCAAAUUCCUCCAUCGAUGGGCAUCAAUGAGAUCAAUGAACCCGAACGUACUUGGUUCUCGAAAUUUCUCAAUCUGGGCUCAAAGCUCUACGCUACUCCGUACGCCAAACCAUCUCCCGCCGUAUACGUGAACGGGGCAGACGUUCCCGAGCAUCGCAUCUCGAUCUCUCAGGAUGGGGGAAGCAUCAAGUCGCUCAAGAAGGGCGAAGUUGUGAUAAUAUCCACAUGA